CAUGAAGAUCACUAGUAUAGAUAUUUAUUAUUUUUACAAACAUCGAGAUUAAACUGGUUGAGACUUUAAGCCGUUAUCUCUGACUUCCUGGUAAAGGAGGCGGAGCUUCUGGGAAAAUAUCGGGUUGAUCCAAGUUUACACAAAAUAAACGUGUUUUCACCAACUGUAAUUAUAAGUUUAAUGACAUUUAAUGAAAGCUUGGAGACGAUGUGGUCCGCAGCACAGUUCAAUAAAACAAAUGUUUCCUCUUCUACAGACAUCACGGGUUACUCUGAACAGAACGUCUCUCUGCCAUGUACAACUACUGAGAACAAACCCGUCGUUGCUGUGGAGUGGAUCAGAACCGAUCUGCAGGAUGAGUUUGUUCUUCUGUACAGAGACGAUCAGAUUGAUCCAGAAAACCAGCACCCGUCAUUCAAGAACCGAGUGGAUCUGGCAGACAGACGGAUGAAGGAUGGAGACGUCUCUCUGGUUCUGAUGAACCUGACGACUAACGAUACCGGGACAUAUGAAUGUCGAGUUCAGAGUGAAGGAAGCCUGGAUGCUAAACUGAUCAGAACCAUCAACCUGCAGGUUUCUCUUCAUCCUCCUCCAGGGGACAAGAACUCAGCGAACCAGGUUGGAUCCAUUGGACUGAUGGUUGGUCUGAUUUUAUCUCUGCUGCUGCUGGUGUUUUAUUUCUAACCUAUAGAAAACAACCUGCUUGCUUAAGGAAGAAAACCUCAGAUUCUCCAGUUGAUCUAUAGAUGAAUCAAUGUCUUAAUUCUGUGGACAUAAUUUGCAUCAGAUUAUUGCUGCUGUUUUCUAAUCUAUCAGCAUGAACUGAUUUCCUCCUGCAGUCUGUUUCCUCUCUGUUCUGAUGGUUCAAUCAAUCACAGCAGAUCAACCUCUGAUCUCAUCAAUCAUGACUUAAUUAUUAUAAAACAACUUUACCUGAACCAUGAACUGUGGACUGAAAAGCUUUAUAUCAGUGUUAUCCAUUUUUUAAUUUUAUACAGUUGUAUUAAUUAUUAGAUUUAUCUUUUUAUGAUCAAGAUGUUCUCACCUGAAACGUUAGCUGGAGAGGCACCAGCACCUCCUGACCCACUAGGGACAAGGGUGUUAGGAGAUGGAUGGAUGUGAAAUGUCUGUUUAAUUUGUUUAGUUUACUGUUUCAUGUAAAAGAGCAGGAACCUGAUCUAUAGUUUCAGUUUUAUUAAUGUCUCUGAUCAGAGGAUCAACACAAAGGAUUGUUUCAUUUUAUCUCAAUAAACUUUAACUUGAUUCCUCUGA